UGGGGCCCCCGGGCAAUAGGGGAUCAUAGGGCCCCUGUGUCCUUGCCCAAACUCAAAAAAGCCUAUGAAAAAAGUACCAGGGGCAUCUCAUGGGGUCCCCUACUGACCCCAGGCCCUCGGGCAAUGCCCAAAUGCACGGGGAUGUACCCAACUCAAGGUGAUAACAUGGUAGAUGGCAGGGGCGGACUGAAAACUCAUGGGGCCCCUGGGCAAUAGGGGAUCAUGGGGCCCCUGUGUCCUUGCCCAAACUCAAAAAAACCUAUGAAAAAGGUACCAGGGGCAUCUCAUGGGGCCCCCUACUGACCCGGGGCCCUCGGGCAGUGCCCGAGUUUCCAAAUGGUCAGUCUGCCCCUG